GGACCAUCAAGAGUCCUAGGCUGCCCUGACAGGGACAGAGCUGUGGCAAAAAGCAGACCUUCACCCACCUCUGCCUCCAGCUGACUCAGAUGUGCCAUGUUCCGGCACCUGUUUCUCCCACUGGUGACCUUCGCCAUCAGCUCCAUCCCAGGAGCCUUCCAGAACUCAGCUUCUGGUCCUACCCAAGAACCUGAAGAUGUAGACUGCGGUCGCCCUGAGCCCUCUGACCGAAUUGUGGGGGGCUCAGAUGCGCAGCCAGGAGGCUGGCCGUGGCAGGUGAGCCUGCACCUGGGCGGGGGCCACGUCUGUGGGGGCUCCCUCAUCGCCCCCUCCUGGGUCAUCUCCGCUGCUCAUUGUUUCAUGGACAACGGAACCGUGGACAUUUUUUCUCUGGUUCUGCCCACAGACCCCCUGCCUCUCCCCUGGGUGCUGCAGGAAGUGGAGCUAAGGCUGGUGGGAGAGGCGGCCUGUCAGUGUCUCUACAGCCGGCCAGGCCCCUUCAACCUCACUUUUCAGCUAUUGCCAGGGAUGCUAUGUGCUGGCUACCCAGAGGGCCGCAAGGAUACCUGCCAGGGAGACUCUGGGGGGCCCCUGGUCUGUGAGGAAGGCGGCCAAUGGUUCCUGGCAGGAAUCACCAGCUUUGGCUUUGGCUGUGGACGGAGAAACCGCCCUGGGGUCUUCACUGCCGUGGCUCCCUAUGAAGCCUGGAUCCGGAAACAGGUGAUGGGCUCAGAGCCUGGGCCUGCCUUUCCCAUCCAGUCCCAGAGGCCCCAGUCAGGCCCCUGGGAGCCCAUGGAUGAGAACUGCACCAUCGCCCUGCCAGAGUGUGGGAAGGCCCCGCGGCCGGGGGCCUGGCCUUGGGAGGCUCAGGUGAUGGUGCCAGGAUCCAGACCCUGCCAUGGGACGCUGGUGUCUGAAAGCUGGGUCUUGGCACCUGCCAGCUGCUUUCUGGACCUCAGCGGCUCAGACCGCCCGCCUCACGACCUGGACCACUGGCGCGUGCUGCUGCCCUCGCGCCCGAGCGCAGAGCAGGUGGCGCGCCUCGUGCCUCACAAGAACGCCUCCUGGGACGAUGCCUCGGACUUAGUGCUGCUGCAACUGCGCGCGCCCGUGAACCUGAGCGCGGCCCCGCGGCCAGUGUGCCUCCCGCACCCAGAACACUACUUCCUGCCUGGGAGCCGCUGCCACCUGGCUCGCUGGGGCCGCGGCGAACCUGUGUCCGGCCGCAGCGCGCUGCUGGAGGCCGAGCUGUUAGGCGGCUGGUGGUGUCACUGCCUGUACGGCCGCCAGGGGGCGAGAGUGCCGCCGCCGGGGGACCCGCCGCACGAGCUCUGCCCCGCCUACUGGGAGGAGGAGGAGGCGGGCCGCUGCUGGAAUGACUCGAGUUGGAGCCUUCUGUGCCAGGAGGAGGGUACCUGGUUCCUGGCUGGAAUCCGAGACUUCUAUAGUGGCUGCCUGCGUCCCAGAGCCUUCCACCCUCUGCAGACUCAUGGUCCAUGGAUCAGCCAUGUGACUCGGGGAGCCUACCUAGAGGACCAGCUGGCCUGGGACUGGGGCCCUGAGGGAGAGGAGACUGAGACACAGACUUGUCCCCCCACCACAGAGCAUGGUGCCUGUGGCCUGCGGCCAGAGCCCGCUCCCCUGGGGCUCCUGUGGCCCUGGCUGGCAGAGGUGCAUGUGGCUGGUGAACGAAUCUGCACUGGGAUCCUGGUCGCUCCUGGCUGGGUCCUGGCCGCCACUCACUGUAUCCUCAGGCCAGGCUCCACAACAGUGCCUUAUAUUGAAGUGUACCUGGGCCAGGCAGGGGCCAGCCCCCUCCCACAGGGCCACCAGGUAUCCCGGUUGGUCAUCAGCAUCCGUCUGCCCCGGCAUCUGGCACUUCGGCCCGCCCUGGCCCUCCUAGAGCUGAACUCCCGGGUGGAACCCUCCCCUUCAGCCUUGUCCAUCUGCCUUCACCCAGGGGGUAUCCCCCUGGGGGCCACCUGCUGGGUGUUGGGCUGGAAGGACCCCCAGGACCGAGUCCCCGUGGCAGUUGCGGUUUCCAUCUUGACACCACGACUCUGUCACUGCCUCUAUCAGGGUAUUCUGCCCCCUGGAACCCUCUGUGUCCUGUAUGAAGAGGGGCAGGAAGACAGGUGUGAGGUGACUUCAGCACCUCCACUUUUGUGCCAGACUGAAGGAGGCCUCUGGGUUCUCGUGGGCAUGGCUGUGCCAGGAAGCCAGGAGCUGUUUGCCACCAUUGUCCCUGAAGAGGCCUGGAUCUCCCAGACAGUGGGAGAGGCCCAUUUCCUACCCCCCAGUGGCUCCCCCUACUGGCCCCCUGAAGGUGGCCACCUCUGCCCCCUGGACAUGGCUGGGGCCUCAGGCUCUUCUCCUGCUGCUCUGUUCCUGCUGCUGCUGACCCCUCUGAUCCAGGGCUGAGGGGGCCUGGGUCGCUGGGCCACUUCCCAUUCUCCCCCACCCCCUCCAGCCCUCCACUUCCCGCCCAGUGGGGCUGGAAUGUGACCUAACUGGCUCUCAUUCCCUUCGCCAGAACCUUGAGAGCUCCCCACCCACCUGGACUGCAGUGGCUUCAGAUAAUUGGGUCUCAGUGCCCAGCUAUUUUGUGCCCAGGAAUUCUUGGGGGCAACAGGAGCAGACAAUAAAGACGUCAA